UAUAGUUCAGUAGGUUUGCCUGGUUUCCACUUUGGUGAUGGUGGUCUGGCUUUAUCUUUCACUAUUUUGAAAUCUAGGUACUUUGAAAAGCAGUUUGAGUUGGCAUAUACAAUGAAGCUGCCAAUGUUUCUUCACAUGCGAGCAGCUGCUCAGGAUUUUUGCGACAUUCUUCAACGAAAUGAGGAUCGGUUUGUUGCUGGUGUUGCGCACUCUUUCACUGGAAGUGCUGAAGACUGUGAUAAACUUCUUUCAUUUAGUAACAUUUUUAUAGGUGUAAAUGGUUGCUCUCUCAAGACGGCUGAGAACCUUGAAGUUGUAAAAGGUAUACCGGUUGAGCGAAUGAUGAUUGAAACGGAUUCACCAUACUGUGAUAUCAAGAAUACGCAUGCUGGGAUAGGGUAUGUAAAAUCCUCGUGGCCUUCAAAGAAAAAGGAUAAGCAUGAUCAAGAAUGCCUGGUCAAAGGUCGCAAUGAACCUUGCUUAGUUCGGUGAGUGUCAUAACAUUCUUAUUACUAG